AGUCAUAAGACGAUAGUAUAGGCUCCUCGGCUGCUCAUUUUUCCGGAAGGCUGCUAUCGCCGCUCGUCUUGGGCUGCCACAAGAUCUCCUUGUUUUUCUUUCUCUUUUCAUGUCAUUGGCUUCCUCGCCCGCCCUCUUUUGCUUCCAUUUCCCUCUCUCUAUCGUUCUCUCAGCACUCGAUUCUAAUUUUGGAAGCAUGGAACCUCGGGGAGUGCUCUCCCAAAGCUAUUUAUGUCCUCGCCUUUCCUUAUCUUCCUCCUCUCCUCCUCCGCCGCCUCUCAUCAGACAGGAGGAGAACAGCGUGAGGAUCCUUUGAUGCAGGGGAAUUCAGCGUCUCCUCGUAUCUGUUUUGGUGCGGUGUUAUUAGCUGUGGGAAGUGGCGAAGACGCAGCUGCAGCUCGCAGCUAGUCCAUCCUGAUGCAGAGCAAGCCACUGCACACAUGGAGCUGAUGGCGUCCAUCAUUUUGCAGCCGGUGGAAAUGUGGCAACUUUUACAAAGUGGCUCUCGGUGAUUGUCCAUUUUCUUCACUUUGUCCGGCCAAGACUUGGAUCGGAUGCACCAGAGGAGGCAAACUUCUUGAUUUGAAAGACCAGCCAGUGUUAAGGAAGUUGCUCUGCAAGGAUCUGGACUCCAGAUGAUAUAGAAACACCACGCCGUGCAAAGCUUAGUCUAUUCGAAGGGGUUUCUCGCAAUUGGUCUCAUCUUCCGAUUCAUCCUUUCAAUUGGAUCGAUUCAUCCAGCUGAACCCAAGGGAAGACUUUUCUGCAGGAUCAGUUUGAGGAGAAAUUCACAACAAAGCUACUUGAAAUUCAACAAAGAGUUCCCUAAUCAAACACAGCAUUGUUUUGGAUUUUUUUCAAUGGAAUUUCCCCCAAUUUAUUUUUGGAGCUAAAAGAAUGAUCCCCCCCCUGAAAAAAAAGCAGCUUUCAACUUAGAAAGCUUGUCAAUGAUUACUCAUAUCCUCCCCAAAAUGAGUAAGCCGCACUUCUUGAAUACAUGGCAGUCUUCAUGAAAAGGAACUGAAUCGUUUUGAGGGAAAGUCGAGCACUUCUCUUCUUUUGGCAUGCUGUUGCAUCCCACGGUGUCAGGAUUGUGCACCAUGUUGCAGACCAUUUACGAGACGGAGUCGUGUUUUUCCUCUGCCGCCGGCACAGACAGCCAACAGCCUCUGGAGCUCCUGAGUAGCAGCAGGGGCUCCACCGCUGCCAUGCCCACAGCCGUCGUGGAGGUGAAAAGCAGCCUCCCAUCAGGCAUGCAGAGCCCGGCAGGAACAGCAAGUGAACAGCGAGGAGUGGCUGGAGAAGGUGGUUCGGAAGAAGGCUCAGGUGGUGGAGGAGGCCCCGUCGACCUGCGCACCGAGCCCAGGUUGGGAUCUUUGCCAGUGGGAACUGCAGGAGUGGACACCACUUUGAGAGAGCAGCAGCUCCAGCAUGAACUAGUACUACUUAAACAGCAGCAAGAACUCCAGAAACAACUGCUAUUUGCUGAAUUCCAGAAAAAACACGAAGUGCUCACCAGACAACAUGAAGUCCAGCUACAGGAACACCUGAAGCAACAACAGGAACUGCUGGCAGCAAAGCGACAGCAAGAGUUGGAGCAGAAGCGAAAACUGGAACAACAAAGACACGAAGAGCAGGAGAAACAGCGACUGGAGCAACAGCUGCUUCUACUUCGGAAUAAGGAGAAAGGCAAAGAGAGUGCCAUCGCCAGUACCGAGGUCAAGUUGAAAUUGCAGGAAUUCCUUCUGAAUAAGAAAGAACCCGGUAUCGGCGGACUGAACCAUUCCUUCUCCUCAAAGUGCUGGGGAGGCCAGAACAUUUCCCUGGAACAAAAUUCACCACCCCAGAGUAACACUCCAGGAACUCCUCCAUCUUACAAACUUCCCACGUUACUGGGUAACUACGAGGGCAAGGAUGACUUUCCGCUCCGCAAAACAGUGUCGGAGCCUAACCUGAAGGUGCGUUCACGGUUGAAACAGAAAGUAGCCGAGAGGCGGAGCUCUCCACUCCUCCGAAGGAAAGAUGGAACUGUCAUUAGCACCUUCAAGAAAAGAGCCAUUGAGAUUUCAGUCUCUCCUCUCUGUAGUAGCGCUCCAGGUUCAGGGCCCAGCAGUCCCAAUAGUUCCAAUUCAGCCAUUGCUAAUGGCAACACUGGUUCUGUACCCAACAUACAGACCGAGCUUAGAUCCCUUCAUCAGACGCUAGGAGCCGACGGGACGCUGAGUCCACUAAGUCUCUACACCUCACCUUCUCUGCCCAAUAUCUCCUUAGGACUCCCUGCUAACACACACAUCACGGCAUCCCAGAAGUUGUCAAGCCAGCAGGAGGCCGAGCGUCAAGCCAUUCAGUCCCUUCGGGCAGGUGGAGCUCUAACUGGGAAGUUUCUCUCCACAUCCUCUCUCCCUGCAGGGGUGGGACACGAUGUCGAGACUCCGAGCUCGCACUCUGCUCAUUCGUCAUUACUACAGCACGUGCUACUACUGGAGCAGGCCAGACAGCAAACGGCAAUGCUAUCGGUCCCCAUGUACAGCCAGUCGCCCUUGGUUACAGCGGAAAGAGGCGUGUCGAGCGGCAUGCGAUGCGUCAACAAGUUGCCCCGCCAUCGAUCUUUAACUCGUACCCAGAGCGCACCUUUGCCCCAGUCGCCCCAGGCCCUCCAGCAACUUGUCGUUCAGCAGCAACAUCAGCACUUUCUGGAGAAACAUUACAAGAUGCUUUCCAAGGCUUCAGAUUUACCCAGACCUCCUCCCACUCACCCAGAGGAGACAGAAGAGGAGCUCACAGAGACCAACGACAUGCAGGAGGAUGACGUAGGGACAAGCGUUCACAGAGCUCCGACGGAGGCGUCGGAUGAGCCCACCAUCCCCUGUGAGAGACUUAGCGUGCACGCAAAGGAGGACGAACGAGGAGUUGGACACGUGAAAGGGGAAAGCACAGAGAGCGAACUGGAUGAAGAAGAUGAGGAAGAUGAUGUCAUCCAUCUGGGAGAUAGCGAGGAAGAAGGCAGGGCUAGCUACUCUCAGGGCUUGCAACAGAUGGGUGUAUUCCACUCCUCGUUGCCUCACAGACCUCUGGGAAGAGCGCAGUCUUCUCCUGCAGCCACCCUCAACCCUGUCAGACAUCUCUUUACCACGGGACUUGUUUAUGACAGCUUGAUGUUAAAGCACCAGUGCGUAUGUGGAAAUGCUCAUAUCCACCCAGAGCAUGCUGGGAGAGUGCAGAGCAUCUGGUCCAGGCUGCAGGAGACGGGCUUACUGGGCCGCUGCGAGAGGAUUCGUGGGCGGAAAGCUUCCUUGGAUGAGAUCCAGACUGUCCAUUCCGAAUUUCACACCCUGCUUUACGGAACCAGUCCUCUGAAUCGGCACAAACUGGACCACAAGAAGCUAUUGGGUCCAAUCAGCCAGAAGAUGUACGCUGUUCUUCCGUGUGGAGGAAUAGGGGUGGACAGCGACACCGUGUGGAAUGAGAUGCACUCGUCCGCUGCUGUCCGCAUGGCGGUGGGCUCCGUUAUUGAGCUGGCCUUCAGAGUGGCGGCAGGGGAACUGAAGAAUGGCUUUGCAGUUGUGCGUCCACCAGGGCAUCAUGCAGAAGAAUCCACUGCCAUGGGUUUCUGUUUCUUCAAUUCAGUAGCCAUCACUGCCAAGCUACUCCAGCAGAAACUGGGAGUGGGCAAGAUCCUCAUCGUGGACUGGGACAUUCACCAUGGUAACGGCACGCAGCAGGCCUUCUACAGUGACCCCAACGUCCUCUACAUUUCCCUCCAUCGCUACGACGACGGCAAUUUCUUUCCCGGUAGCGGAGCUCCUGAGGAGGUGGGAUCGGGCGAAGGUGUUGGUUUUAAUGUCAACAUAGCAUGGACUGGAGGAGUAGAGCCCCCUAUGGGUGAUGUUGAGUACCUCACCGCCUUCAGGAGUGUGGUGAUGCCCAUUGCUCAGCAGUUCAGCCCAGACGUGAUUCUGGUGUCUGCAGGCUUUGACGCAGUGGAGGGUCAUCAGUCUCCUCUCGGCGGUUACAUUGUCUCUGCCAAAUGUUUUGGUCUGCUCACACAGCUCCUAAUGGGUCUGGCUGGUGGGCGUGUUGUUAUGGCGCUAGAGGGAGGUCAUGACCUCACCGCCAUCUGUGAUGCAUCAGAAGCCUGCGUUUCUGCGCUCCUCGGAGAUCCGAAUGACUCUGCAUUUCAGUGGCCUCAAGAGAAGCCAUGUCCUAAAGCCUGUGCCUCUCUCGAAAGAGUGAUAGAAAUCCAGAGUAAACACUGGCCUUGCCUCCAGACUUUGUCUCAGACGAGCAGCCACUCCAUAUUGGACGGAGCGCAGAUCCAAUCGGAGAAGGACGAGGCGGACACGGUUAGCGCCAUGGCAUCUUUGAGCGUCGAUGUGGAGCAGUCAGGCUCGGCCGCCGACGUCACCGACGCCAGCAGGUCUCCAGAAGAGCCGAUGGAAGAGGAGCCCGUUUUGUACACACAUUCACACCGAGUGCAAAUGUUGUGGAUGACCUCGAACGGUGGAGGAAAACGCUCACAAAGUCCAGUUCUGUCCACGGGAGGAGCAGACCAAUUCACCACCUUCUUUUGUCACGAGUGACAGUCGGACCGGGCGCCGAAGGAGCAGCAAGUUGGAGGACGAACGGAGGACGAGGAGGAACUAGGUGCCUUUUUGUCCACUCACACACACACACACACACAUGUGCGCACUGGCACGCAGACAAUAAGAACACAUCCCAUCAGAAAGAGUAAAGAGCAACCACCGCAGCACCUCAGUAAACCAAGCAGCCAAUCAGGACUGAAGGAACACAGCAAUGCGCGCACGCACGCACGCACACGUUCAGCUGUCGUUUCCCGUGGCCACUUUGUUUUCGUGUCGAUUUCUUCUCAUCUGGUUGCCUUAAUUUGUCACUUGUAUGUAUUUUAGAGAGGAAGAAUUGGGACGCAUUUGGAAAGAGGGGAGCUGGGGUCCGGCCAGCUUUAAAGACAUUUUAUUUAUUCUUUUCAACUAGCGUAUAUAACGUGUGUCGCUUGAAAGUACCUUGUUUUUUUUCGCCCCCCCUCAUUCUUUCCUCUAGAAAAGCGACCGUGGGAUUGUGGUGUAUGACCACCCCAUCUCUCUCUCUUUUUUUUUUAAUUUGUAGUCAUUUUUGGUUUUUUUUUAAUCGUAUUGAUGUAAUAACGUGUCAUGUCCUGUUGCCCACAGUUGCAUCACAGUGUCAGUCCUUUUUCUAAAUCUGUAUAUACUUCUAUGUAAAAACAAAACACACACACACACACGAGAUUUUUUUUUUUAAUGUAAAAACGGAACACACACAAGAUAUUUUUUUUAUAAUAAAUACAGGAAAUAUAUUUAUCAUCCCUGACGCUGUCAUAGGGAUUGGUCAAAAUGUUGCGAAUAUAUCUGUGUACUUAAAAGAAGAGCGCCACAAGCAGUGAAAUUGGAUUGAUUGACGAAACUCUGAAGCCUGUAAUCUUUAUGACAAGCCCAUUCAUUGAGGGAGGGAGGGCUGUUAGAAUAUGAUAGUUUAUUUCGGUGCAUCUAAUCAAUUGAACGGGUGACAAGGAAAAAAAAUACAUUCAGAUAAAUACAACGAUCUUUUUGGAUGCAUUCUGCGCUUUAUCUGUAUCUCAAGCUUUUGCCAGACGACAGGAUGUGCGAGGGGAAGUUUCGGCAGCUUUGUGAUGCUUUUCCCUUUUAAUUCAUUCGUCUCACACACACACACAUUGUGUUUUGAUCCUGUCAGAAUGAUUAUAUGAAUAUAUUCUACAAUGAUGUGAUAUUUUCAUCUUAAAUGAAGUGCAACACUUGCUUGAUGAUGUUAUUGUUGUCAAUUGAGGUGGACAGCAGGCUCCGGCUCCUCUGGUAGGACCAAGCCUGGACUACUUAUAUGGAGAUCUUUGAUGAUGAAUGCAAAGUUAGUAAUAUCCAGCAGUGGCAUACUUGCUGAAAAAGUCACUAAUUGCAACUAAUGCCUAUAUAUAUAUAUAUAUAUUUGUUUAGUCACUUUUGUUGUAUGUUUAUGCACAUGAGCAAGACCAUGCAACGUCUCUCCCUUUAAAUACAAUGCAAACUAAUUCUGAUCGGAAAUGCUAAGUGAUCGUUUUAGACCUUUUUGGGGCUGCUUAGCUCUUCUAUGUUAUUAUUUGUACAAUGUUACGGUCCUCGUAUUGAAUAAGAGAGUGUUCUACCUACAUUUAUCCUUUGGCACAUUGAAAGAACUUCGAAAAUAGAAUGACAGUAGGGACCAACCCUAAGAAAUUGCGGAAUUGACACCCGCUUAGAAAGGUUUGUAAUUUCCUAUAUAUGCCACAAGAUGGAGCCUAAGCAAAUUUUUAUAUUGUUAUACAUGGCCUGAGCACAAAAACAACAAAUAGGUUAAUUCUUUUUUUUAAAAAUGAUAUGUUUCCUAAAAACAGAUGUUACCUAGUGCACAGUUUUGAUUUCCUGGUAAACACCAUUUAUCGAGUGGUUCUAAUUCCGAAACAAAUUUCCCAAAUGACCAUUUCAAUCUUAAAUGUCAUUGAAGUGUAAAAAGUUCAUCACUGAAGAGUACAACAAAAAAAAAAAAGGAAGAAAAAAAAAAAUGCUGACGAUGUGAAAACCUGUAAUGGAGAAGGAACAGAUUUAAGUGGCAUUUUAUACAUUUUGCUGAGAAUCAAAAAUACCUUUGUGUCGGAACAGGCACCAAAAAAAAAAAAGUACAGUUGAAGUAGCCCUUCAACUUGAUGUAUGCUUGGGAAACUUCAGUUUUAUAUCCAGAUACUCAAUCCAUGGUACCCGGGCAUACCAAAAAAGAGCACUACAAAGCCAAAGAAAAGCACUUAAUCCCUUGAGAUUAUUCACAUAACAUUCAAAGAAUAUAUUCUUAAAUUGUUCGACACUCCCCAAAAAAAUUUAAAGUGUUGAGAUGACCUAAUUGUUUGAUGUCAAAGUGUUCGACAUGCAAAGGUUUAUACAACUGUAACAUAAAAAAGUACAUUUCCCCCUUUGUGCAAAAUGUUGACUCCGUUUAAAAAUAGGAUGGAGUCUGUUUCUCUUUAUCCCAUCAUAAUCAGUCACAGCGACACUUUGGAACGUUUUGGAAAAUAACAAAAUGUUACUGUUUCUUAAUAUUGGAGUUCAGUUCUUCAAAUUUGCUGUAACCUGGGCUAAUCUUAAUGAGGGCUCAUCGGAUAAGGAUUUUUUUUUUCUUCAACAUCAGCUAUAUCAUACACGUUUUACGAGAACAUUUGCAUUCUUUUGGGGAUGGAGGGAGAGCGGGAGGGGUUGUAUGAAUGUCAUUAUUUUGGUCUUAUGUUUUAAUGUGUUCAAGAAUAAAUGGUCAGCAAAAAUUGGCAAUAAAAAAAAAAAAAGAUUUUCCGAUUUAAAACCGCUAGUUAAUUGCUCAAAUGAUCAUCAAGAUGGCACAAGAAAGUGAAUUAUCCUUGUUUAGAAAUUUGGAGAUGAAUAGAAAUCUGGGCAUCUUCCUCCCACCAGUUUGUUUUCGAGAGUGCCUUGUCGAACAGAUUGUCCCCCCAAGUAAUAAUAACCUUGGCCAAAUGUUCCUAUUUGUUUUUGUUGCCUGGCCAUUUACUGUAAAAGCACAGUUUGGAAGCCAACCUCUGCUUGACAGCGAGAUGUUUAAAUGUUGACAUUUGCAAAGACCAAGCGCGUCCACGACUUUAACAAACACGUAUGUUGAUGACUUAAUCCUCUCUUUUCUUAUCUAUGUUUGGUACUGUGGCGUACAUGUAUGUCUUGCUAACACGUGGCGGGUUAGGAGUACGUAUUUGGACAUUUAGGAGAAAAGGUUGUAUCAAUGGGACCUCCUUGCUUUCUUUUUUUUUUUUUUCAAGGAGCUUUUUUUUUGUUCUUCCCUCACAUGGCUCAUGACCGGAAACUUUUGAAUCUCCUUGGAACUGAUCACAAGCACAUUCCUUUUGUCCUUCUCGUUGAUUGAAAAUUGAAAACAUUUUCCAGCGUCUACUCACAUGUAUAUAAAGUGCGUAUAAGUGUACACAUGUGCAAUACAAGCUAUCCAAGCAAUCUAUUACUGUGACUAUUAUUGAUAAUGAGACUUUUUUUUUUGCCCCCACCUCCCCCCGCCACCCUUUGUGUCAAAUUGAUUUCCUUUUUGGUUGAAAGGGAUGCUGAAUGGCACUCGUUCAAUUCAGGGCUUUGUGGACAUUGCAUUGAAGCCUAUUUUCAAUAUCCUUCACUGUAAAGUUGUGAUGUUGAUCCUAAAUAUCUGUUUCUUUGUUGUUUUUUUUAAGUGGGCCUGUUGUUAAACUUGUCUGGAAAGUCAAUAAACCAAUUCACUGAC